AUGGCUCCACAUCCCAUCACGCCUCGGCCCGAAGGCUGGAUCGCCUUUAGGGAACCUGAAACACGCCUGGCGAAUGCCGAAUUUGCUCCGCCAUACGCCAACAUGGGUUCACUUCCUGACGUCGACAUCGAGCCCGCGCCUGGGCUCUCCUACUUCACGCCGGCGCAGAACCCGCCGGCGGGGACGGCGGCUGAUCCCCAGUCCAGCGGCAGGCCGGUGCCGAAGCUCUUCCAGCCCCUGACCGUCCGCGGGGUGACAUUUCACAACCGCCUUGGUGUCUCCCCCAUGUGCCAGUACUCGGCCGAGGACGGGCACAUGACGGACUACCACCUCGUGCACCUGGGCAGCAUGGCGCAGCGCGGGCCGGGCCUGAUCAUGAUCGAGGCCACCGCGGUCCAGCCCGAGGGCCGCAUCACGCCGCAGGACGUCGGCCUGUGGAAGGACUCGCAGGUCGCGCCGAUGCGGCGCGCCAUCGACUUCGUGCACAGCCAGAACCAGCUCGUCGGCGUGCAGCUCGCCCACGCCGGCCGCAAGGCCAGCACCGUCGCACCGUGGAAGAUGGGCGAGGCCACCGUGGCGACCGCCAAGGUCGGUGGCUGGCCCGACCGCGUCGUCGGCCCCAGCACGGUCCCGUUCGACGACGCGCACUGCCGGCCCGCCGCGAUGACGCGGGACGACAUCGAGCAGCUCAAGCGCGACUGGGCGGCCGCGGCGCGGCGCGCGCUGGCCGCCGGCGCCGACUUCGUCGAGAUCCACGCCGCGCACGGCUACCUGCUCUCGUCGUUCCUGUCGCCGCACGCCAACACGCGCACGGACGAGUACGGCGGCUCGUUCGAGAACCGCAUCCGCCUGCCGCUCGAGAUCGCCCGGCUGACCCGCGACGUCGUCGGCGAGCGCGUGCCCGUCUUCCUGCGCGUCUCGGCCACCGACUGGGUCGAGGACUCGCACCCGGCCGAGAGCUGGACCGCCGCGGACACCGUCCGCUUCGCCGAGGCGCUGGCCGCGCAGGGCGCCAUCGACCUGAUCGAUAUCUCCUCCGGCGGCGUCCAUGCCGCGCAGAAGGUGAAGUCCGGCCCGGCGUUCCAGGCCCCCUUCGCGAUCGCCGUCAAGAAGGCCGUCGGCGACAGGCUGCUGGUCGCGACGGUGGGGGCCAUCACCAACGGCAAGCAGGCCAAUCGGCUGCUGGAGGACGACGGGCUGGACGUUGUCCUCGUCGGGCGCGGCUUCCAGAAGGAUCCGGGCCUGGCCUGGACGUUCGCCCAGCACCUGGACACGGAGAUCGCGAUGGCGUCCCAGAUCCGCUGGGGGUUCACCCGGCGAGGAGGCAGGCCGUACAUCGACCCGUCUGCGUACAAAGACUCCAUCUUUGAGUGAUUGUGUAAUGCCUAGCGAGUAGAGAGAUGUAGAUAACUCACGAAGAAACGAAGUAUCCCCA